AUGUCUCCCUACAUGGAGUACAUCAUGCAUCCAGACAUACACCUGCUCACUUUCAUCGCUGGUGCUCUCAGCUAUGUUACAUAUUUCUUUCAUGGAGAGCAUCACAUGUAUGGCUUCGCUUACAUCCAAGCUCACACCGUCCUGUUUGCAAUUUCGACCUUUCUGCUGUAUCGACUGGGGUCACCGCUGGUAGAGGCCUUGUUGCAGACACUCGUGUAUGAUGGGUGUUUUCUGGCCGGUUUAUUUGGCACCCUUCUCGCGUAUCGCGCUUUUCUGAACCCGCUCAACGCCUUCCCUGGACCUUUCAUCGCCCGCAUCGCCACGUUUUGGAUCUCGUUUCGCAUCAAGAGACUACGAAUGUAUAAGGCCUUUGAGGAGCUGCACCAAAAAUACGGCUACUUUGUGCGUGUUGGCAGCCAGGAGAUAUCGAUUACGCACCCGGAUGCCGUGGUAGAUAUCUUCGGGGCCGAUUCAGUGUGUCAAAAGAGCACAUGGUACGAUAUCAGCAAACCACAAGACUCAGUACUUCUUCGCCGGACAUUUGCAAAGCACUCCGAACGGCGAGCCAUUUGGACUAAAGCCUUCUCUGUCAAGGCAGUCAGGGGCUACGAGACUCGAUUCCAUCCAUACAGAGCCAAUAUGCUUUCCCAACUCGAUGAUCACGCCGGACAACCUGUAAAUAUAACCCACUGGCUGGGGUUAUAUUCCUGGGACUCUAUGAGCGACCUAUCAUUUGGACAUUCGUUCGGCUUGCUAGAUUCGAAGGACCAUCAUUGGGCAAUGAAGGUCCUCGACAAAGGGAUGAGUAUCAUUGGUCGUCAUCUGCCAAUGUGGUUUGUCCGUCUUGGGAGCUCGGCUCCCGGCGGUAACAAGGACCUGAAGGCUAUGUUCAAAUAUUGCCACGAGCAAAUGCUUCUAAGAUAUAAUGCCAAGACUGAGCCCAAGGUGCCGGACGUGAUGAGUACCCUCUUUGUGCCAUAUAAGAAAGGGGUUCUGCCUUUCGAUGAUACCGCGGAACAACUCCUGGCUGGAGAAUCACACCUACUUGUCAACGCUGGAAGCGAUACUUCGAGAAUCACCAUGAUUUGCACCUUGUUCGUGCUUGCUCAACAACCUGAGCUCGCCAACAGGCUCCGGAAAGCAUUGGAACCCCAUGUUCCCCAAAAUCCCGACGAGAUGCUGAUGGAUGACCAAAUCAUGAACAUUGACCUUCUGAAUGGUAUUGUUCAAGAAGCUCUUCGCCUGUACCCACCCAGUCCUAGCCAUCCGACCCGGGUGACUCCUCCCGAGGGCACUAUGAUCGCUGGUCGAUUUAUCCCGGGCAACACGCAAGUGAUGGCCCCUCAGUACGUCAUCGGACGAGACGAUCGCAUCUUUCCCCGGGCGACUGAGUUCAUCCCUGAACGCUGGUACAGCCUCCCGGAGCUGGUCACAGACAAGAACGCCAUUGCGCCGUUCUCACUGGGGCCCAUGAACUGUGUCGGAAAGCGUCUUGCGUUAGCCAACAUUCGAGUUACUGUGGCGUCGUUCGUCAUGCGCUACAACCUCAGCUUCCCCCCGAACCAAGCCGACCCAGAAGGCGUUUUCGAAGAUGGCUUGUAUGAGCAUUUCAGUUUGCAAUCUGGCCCCUUGAUGUUGUGCUUGGAGAAGCGACACAAGUAA